AUGGAGCGUCUGCUGGCCAAACUGUCGACGGAGUCAACAGGGGCGACCGGAUCCGCGGCGAAUCGUGGCCAAGCAUGCAGUGUUCCAGUACCCCAGCCGUCGCCGUUGACUCUUGUGGGGGACAUGGCCGAGAACUUCGAUUUCUUCGAGCGCAGCUGGAAUAACUACGUGAAGGCUAGCGGCUUGGACAAAUGGCCGGCAACGGAGGCUCCCCGCAAAGUGAAUAUUCUGCUGACGGUGAUUGGAGAGCAAGCCAGGCGGAAGUUCCACAACUUCGAGUUGACAGAAGCACAGCAAGGAGACCCGAAAGCAGCACUCGAAGCUAUCAAAGCGUUGGUCGUGGCCAAACGGAACAUAAUUGUGGACCGCUUUGAUUUCUUCUCCGCCGCACAAUCAGCUAGUGAGUCCAUCGACGACUUCUGUGCCAGGCUCAAGGCGCUGGCCAAGCUAGCGAAGCUCGGAACCCUGGAACCAGAACUGCUCGCUUUCAAAGUCGUCACAUCCAACAAGUGGUCGCACCUGCGCACAAAGAUGCUGACAAUUUCGGACAUAACCCUCGAGAAAGCCAUCGAUCUGUGCCGUGCAGAGGAGAUCGCAGCUAAACGAUCCCAAGAGCUGGGAGGUUUCCUGCCAACGCCAGAAGUCAACAAGAUCAGCCGAGGGAGAGGUGACCACAAGCAGAAGACGUUGCGCUGCAAGUUUUGCGGAGGCUCUCACGAGUUCACAAAAGGAGCAUGCCCGGCGCUUGGCAAACGUUGCCACCGCUGUAAAGGCAAAAAUCACUUCGAAACAGUCUGCAAAGCUAGCUCGAAGGGUCGGAAGUCGAAGCGAGUCAAGGAAGUGAAAGACGACUACUACUCCGAGUCGGACACAGCGUCCGGCGGCAGUGAAUCUUCCGAAGAGUCUGCAGAGGAGUGCGAGAUUGGCAAGAUCUACGACAAUUCGCAAAACGGCGGUUGCGUUCUUGCUGAACUGGACUUGAAAUUCAACAACUCGUGGGAAACUGUGCUCUGUGAACUGGACACUGGGGCAAAUACCAGCCUGAUUGGCCUGGACUGUCUCAAGAAACUGACUGGAACGGACAAUCCCGCACUGCUGGCGUCGAAAUUCCGCCUGCAGAGUUUUGGUGGAAACCCCAUCACAGUAUUGGGCCAGGUGAAGGUGCCGUGUCGGCGGCCGAACAGGAAGUUUUCGCUGGUUCUCCAGGUCGUUGAUGUCGACCACCGCCCCCUACUGUCGGCAAGAGCUUCACGCGAACUUGGGCUGGUGAAGUUUUGCAACGCAGUUACCUUCGAGGAGCCAGUUCAACCAACACCGCCGUCGCCCCACUCUGAAAAGCUGUUCAACAUUUACCGCGUGAAAGCUCAAGAAAUCGUCAGCAGCCACGAAGGCCUCUUCACGGGCUACGGAAAGUUUUCCGGCACAGCGUCGUUGGAAAUCGACGACAGCGUCACACCGACGAUCCAACCGCCUCGACGAGUUCCGAUCGCGAUCCGAGCAAAGCUGAAGGAAGAACUCGAAAAGCUCGAAAGUGACGGCAUCAUCGUGAAGGAGACGAAACACACCGAAUGGGUAAGCAACGUCGUAAUCGUCCAGCGAGGCUCUGGCUUUCGUAUUUGUCUGGAUCCGGUUCCGCUGAACAAAGCUCUCAAGCGGCCCAACCUCCAAUUCGUAACCCUUGAUGAAGUGCUUCCGGAACUGGGCAAAGCAAAGGUUUUUUCCACGGUCGAUGCCAAAAAGGGCUUCUGGCACGUUGUGCUGGACGAGCCCUCCAGCAAGCUCACCACCUUCUGGACACCGUUUGGGCGUUACCGCUGGAUUCGCCUUCCGUUCGGUGUUGCACCAGCGCCGGAGAUUUUCCAGAUCAAACUCCAGGAAGUAAUCCAAGGUCUCAAGGGAGUUGAAUGCAUCGCGGACGAUUUGCUGGUGUUCGGCGUGGGCGACACGCUGGAGGAGGCCCUAGCUGAUCACAACCGCCGCCUUGAGAAACUUCUUUGUCGGUUGGAACUCCACAACGUGAAGCUUAACAAAGCCAAGCUGAAGUUGUGUGAACGGUCCGUCAAAUUCUACGGUCACGUCCUCACCGAUGAAGGUUUGAAGCCGGACGAGUCCAAGGUUGCUGCGAUACGUGACUAUCCCCAGCCAAAAAAUCGCAAGGAGGUGCACCGGUUUGUUGGCAUGGUCACGUACUUGGGGCGCUUCAUCAACAAUCUCAGCGCCAACUUGACCCACCUACGAAUGCUGAUCCCGGAGUCGGCAACUUGGAAGUGGACAUCUGUGGAAGAGAGCGAGUUCAACAAGGUGAAAUCGUUGGUUUGCGACAUCAAAACACUACGCUACUACGAUGUCAACCAGCCAAUCACCAUUGAAUGUGACGCUAGCAGCAUCGGUCUCGGUGUGGUCGUGUAUCAGCGCGACGAAGUGGUUGGAUACGCGUCGCGAACCCUCACGGCAACUGAAAAAAACUACGCGCAGAUCGAAAAAGAACUCCUGGCGAUACUUUUUGCCUGUACCAGAUUCGACCAGCUGAUAGUUGGAAAUCCAAAAGCGACCGUCAGGACCGACCACAAGCCACUGGUGAACAUCUUCAAGAAACCGCUUUUGUCAGCACCACGGCGGCUGCAACACAUGUUGCUCAACCUACAGCGGUACAAGCUGUCAACGGAGUUCGUUACGGGAAAGGACAAUGUGGUUGCGGAUGCUUUGUCACGUGCACCAGCCGGCGGAGCAGAAGGAGACGACUUCUACAAAAAGCAGGACAUCUUCAAGAUCUUCGAAGAAAUCCACGAGGUGAAACUCAGCAGCUUCUUAGGUGUGUCGAGCGCCAAACUGAACGAUCUCAUGCGGGAGACUGAAAAGGACACCCCACUCCAGCACGUCAUCGGCUACGUUCGAGGUGGAUGGCCUGCCUCUGCCGAUCAAGUUCCGGACGCCGUCAAAAUCUUCUUUGGAUAUCGGCAUGAACUGUCUACCCAGGAUGGGCUGGUCUUCCGCAGUGACAGGAUUGUGGUCCCAUAUAUCCUCCGCCGGAAGAUGAUCGAGAGUUGUCACGCAAGCCACAACGGCAUCGAAGCAACACUACGGUUGGCAAGGGCGAACCUGUUCUGGCCGGGCAUGACGUCAGAGAUCAAGAACGCGGUGAAAGGAGCGGCGUCAAGCACAAGUUCCUGA